AUGCAUCCAGACGAAGUUUUUAAGAUAUGCGAAGGAUAUGGCGGGUGGGUCUGGAAGUUUAAUCUGAAGUCAGUGGAACAUGUGAGAAAUGUAAUCUUCAAGAUUCCACCUAUUGCAUUGAAUCUCCUCACUUGGCCUAUCGACAACGAUUUCCGAUACGGCACGUCUAUGCAAAGCUUGCUUCAUUUCAACGUCGAAGGCAAAGUUCGACUUCCCUCGUCCCUUGCAGUCGAGCCUCUGGAAUGGGUCAAUUCACAUGAAACCCCUAUCAUGCAUAUACGCGGGAGUCCGGGGGCCGGCAAAACAUUACUCGGCCACCUCUUGAUCAGUAACCUCCACCGUAUGGCCGCGGAAAUGGAGGCGAGCAUUUCAGUGCUUUACUCCUUCCACGCUCCGAAGGAAGACACCAUCAUUCAGGAUCUGGAUGUUGUCAUUAUCUUUUCCCUGCUCCAGCAGCUAGCUCUGAGCGAACCACAUCGACUCGCGGGAGCAGUUAUACAACCACUCUUUGAAACGCACUUUCGAAAUAGGCUGUGGAGUCCCUAUAAUGUUGACGACUUUCUGGUGACUUUCAAAGCAAUACUCUCAACGCCUUCUGAUGCACUCGUUGUAUGUGUUUUGGAUGGUCUGGAAAUUGAGAAUGAAGGAGUGAAGAAACUGGUGGAUCAAUUGUCCAACCUUGCAAAGGCUUCGCGAUUGCGUCUGUUCAUCACGUCGCGACCACAUACCAUGCUCCCUUCGAAGCUGGAGGAUAGCCUCGUCAAUGUUCAUAUGGAGAACCAUAAGACAUAUCUAGCAACCAGGGAUAUUGCACGGCAGAUGCUACCUCAAUCAUCGGUGCACCAGAUUGUCCCCUUGUCGGAAAUGUCUGAGGGUAACCUCCUAUGGACACGUCUUGCGUCAUCUCUCUUGAGAACCCAAACCGAACUCGGAUUACGCAACUUUGAUGAAAAUCUAGGGCUUCUGCCGCGUAAUCUUUGGAGGCUCUAUACCACCAUCGUCGAUUUUUGCUAUCAACGAGCCGAAGCCUUGGGCAAAGCGCGGCUGUUCAGGCCACUCCUCUGCUCAGUCGCGUUCAUGUCACGCUUCCAGCCGGUGUCUCUUCAGGAAAUCAUUGUUUUCAUGACGUUUUUGGAGAACGUCUCUCCGACACCUACGUCCGGCUUACAUAUUAAAACCUUGCGGGAUGACAUAGACGCCGUGCUUGAAUGUUGCGACCUUCUGAUUACCCGAAGUGGCAAGCCGGGUGAAAACACCUCAACCACCAUACUACAUCCCUGCCAUCCGACUCUCCUAGAAUGGGUGCAGUUAGAGGCCAGCUCAACAAGCAGAGACGAAAGCUCACGAAUCAAUCCCCUAUCAUCCAUCAGUUCGUUCCAUUCGGAGUUCACCAAUGCAGUCAUCCACAUUCUGUUUACAGGUGAUUCGGCUGUGUGGAACAGCCCACCCUCUUCUUUCGACAGUGACGAAGAGAAUUGUCGAAGGUUGAAGGCACAUGUCCACCGGCACCCUCUCUACCGUCUGUUCACGAUUCACCUACCCCGCGUGCUACGUGUUCUUCCAUCUGGCGUGGAGAAAGACCGCAUUGUAGACCAACUUGUGGAUCGGACCGUCACCCAACCUGACCAGUACGGCGCUUUCGUACGCGCUCGGUAUCUUCUUCUUCCACCGUAUCGUUCCAAUAUCAACGGCUCUAGCGAGCUCACUGUGGGAACUGGUGUUCUCUGGCGGAUUGAAGAGCUGAUGGUUAAUUACAUUCGCCGAGGGCUUGGCUUAAACGUGCCACACUGUGGGAUGCCUCCUCUCACUCUGGCACUCUACACGCGUAAUAAACACGCAUUUGACCUCUUGUCUGCUCAUGAAUCAGUGGAUGUCAAUGCUGUUGACUUUCUGGGAGCCACGGCGCUUUGGCAUGCCGCGAAUAACAAUCUUACAGCCUAUAUCGAAGCGCUUCUGAAAAGGUCAGAACUCGAUGUGAACAAGCCCGUGAGAGACAAGAACAUGAGGGGUUCAAGUCCACUCACAAGAGCUGCCACAGCUGGUCAUUCGCAAGCAGUCGAACUCUUGUUACGGGACCCACGUGUGGAAAUUCGCCCCACAGGUCCCUUUGACCUGGAUCCCAUGACACAAGCGCUCGUGUGUGGACAGUCUGAAUGCAUGAAAGCAUUCACCUCAUUUCUCUGCAUAGAUUGUCAACGAUCAGGCUCUCCUUACCGAUCUCUCAAGAAAGGGGAGAUCCGACUCCUCCAUGUAACAAGCAGAAGUGCCAACGGGCUUACGUAUGCAGUUUGCGACCUAAUCACCACAAAACUCAGCGAUGCUCCUCCUUUCCGCGCCUUGUCAUACACUUGGGGCAAUCCCGCCAUCACAACCCCUAUCCUGCUCAAUAAUCGCUUUCAUCCUGUGACUUCCAAUCUUGGUGCCGCACUUGAGCAGCUCCCAGCGUACCACUCCUCUAUCCGUUAUAUUCACAACGACUAUGUUGCCUGGGCGGAAAGAAAUAAGCCUGGUUCUCUAUCCGAGCGCACAAAACGGUUUGAGCCGGACAUAGGGUUGUUCUGGAUUGACGCUCUUUGUAUAAAUCAAUCCGACUUGGACGAAAAGAGUCAUCAGAUCCCCGUGAUGGUGGAUAUAUACCGUGAAGCAAGAGAGGUUGUUAUGUGGCUUGGAAAACCAGCCGAGCAUACCGGCAAGGCAUUCAACUUGCUCCAGAACUGGGGCUCAAAAUAUGCCUAUCGCGGGGGUAUGGCAAACCUGAUACUGGGAAAGGAGCCCGAGAGAAAGGGCCUUGAAAACGUUAUUGCCACCAUGCCCGGCAAUCCAUUUGACCCGGAUUCCUGGGCUGGUCUAGAAGAGCUUCUGGAGCGCCCCUACUUCACGCGUGCCUGGAUCUUUCAGGAGAUCUGUGUCGCGCGGGAAAUCACUAUGAUGUGUGGCGACGAACAGAUCGACUUUGGAUACUUUGAGCGCACAAUGAAAAGAUUGACUUUGGACGUGUUCGCUCCUUGGAACGCGCACCUGACGCCGGACGCGUUCAAAGUCAGAGUUGGGUCGAGUCUGUAUGGUGCCAGUGAGGGGGCGCUGAUAUAUCGCCACAAGGACUUUGAGCUUGCUGAUGGAGUGACGUUUGACUUACUUACUCUGUUGCAGAUGACGAGCAGAUUCCAGGCCACUGAUCCCCGCGAUAAGUUAUAUGCGUUGUAUGGAGUUGCAGAUAGUGAUGCGGAACUGCUUGAGCCAGAUUACAGGAAGCCGAUUGAGGAAAUCUUCACCGAGUUUGUGAAGCGCUGGAUCCGGAAAAAGCAGAAUCUGAACAUCGUAUGCUCGGCAGGAAUCGGAUUGCUCAAGGAUGGCGCCCGCCCCCAGAUGCCAUCCUGGGUACUGGAUCAUCGUCCAUGCCCGUCAAUGCGGGCGUUUAAUUGGGGACCACAUUUUUGUGCCGAUGGGGCCAAAGCCGCAGCUUUCUCGUUCAAUGACGAUGAGCGCAUUUUGGCAGCCAAGGGACUCCAUUUUGACUCUGUCAAGCUCGUCUUCCCACGAGUGACUUCAACUACUCAGCCCUUCCCCCCCGAGUUGGUAAAGUACCUCGCAAGCGAGGAAUGCCCCCCCAAUAAGACCGGCUUUUCAAAUCUUCUCAUGCUUCGCCUUGCGGCGGUGGGUGAGCAAGCCCGAUACCCGCAUGUUCUUAGUACUGCAAAGGCAGAAAGGUUCUUCCGCAUUACGGCUGGGUUCCUGUACGCCCUCGGCGACUACACGCGAGAGAUUGAUGGUCAGACGCUACGACGGGAUGACAUGGACAAGCGCAUACCGGACUACAUUCGCUCAUGGUUGUGUCUUAAGUGGCGAGGUCAAUCGAGUCCUACGCUGUACGAUUUUGCUACACUGUCACUCUGGGAAGCAAAGGGGCACGACGUCUUGGCCGAGUUUCUGAACAAUCGCUUCCAGCGACGCGAAGGGACGAUUCAAUGGCCCCUCAAUAUGGAUCCAGAGGCCGGGAGAAAGGGAUACAUGGAGUUUCUGCGCAAUUGUAAGAUUGCGUCAGGGAAUGAUACCUUCUAUGUGACGGAGAAUGGACUGAUCGGUAUUGCACCCCCAGGAAUUGCCAGUGGGGAUGAAGUCGUAUGCUUGAGAGGUUGCAAUGUUCCUGUUGUACUGAAGCACUUGGACGACGGGUUUUCGCUGCAUGGGAGUACAUACGUUGCGAGCGCGAUGCAUGGGGAGGCUGAUAGGCUCGCGACACUGGCUGGAGUCGAAGAGACUCUGUUCGAGAUCGCUUGA